UAAAAAAAAGAAAAAGAAGGAAAGUCGAAGCUUUGAGUGUGUGGAAGAGAUUCUUUUGAUGGAAAACAGGAUAAAUUUUGAGUUGUAGCUGAUAAACUGAUUUUGUCCUAAACUGCAAGGUUAGUGUUAGAUAUUAAGGCCUGAUUCUUGGACUUCAAGGAAAAGAAGUGGGCUCAAUUCCUCAAAAAGAAACAUUUUUUGACGGGCUGUAGCCCACAGUUGGCCCGUGACCGCCGCUAGUAAAAUUAAUGUGAAAUGUCCCAGCUCUCAGAUCAAGUUAAACACUAGAUGCGAGUGCAACCUACUAGAAAUCCAUCUCAGUUUUAAUAAUAAAAAAUGACCUUUACUCAAUACCCAAAAUCUCAGUUGAACAUUCAACUGGAUUUGUCAAAUUCUCAGUCCAAACUUGACAUUACUUUCAAGCAAUGCCUCUUAUAAGAAUUCAAAACAUAACCAUAACCAGAGAAAUGGUACUAGCAGGCAGCAGAUAUUGAAUUGGUUGAAUUGGAAAGCAGCAAUUUAAGUAAGAUCAUCUGAUUCUAUUCUCAGACCAUAACCAUAACUUAUGAUUAGGUUUCUCCUAUUAGAGGUUUUAAUUUUCAUACUGAGAAAUAUUUCUCCUUCAAUAAAUUGGGAAAGUUGAAUUAACAAAAUGAAUGACGAGACUGUAGGAUAAUGGGGGCCUGGGGGAAAAGCGGUUUUCAUUUAUCUGUUUGUUGGACUUGGACCAGUUGCAAAGUGACAGUUGGAGGGUUAAAAUGGUUGGAAAAAAUGAUGGCUGCAUUUCAGUGUUGGGGCAGGCCAUUUCACUUUGCGCCACCAACCAAAACUACAUGAUUUAGAUGUAUUUUCAUAUUUUCACCCUUCACCAAACACAACAAUUCUUCCAUCUCUUUGGUAGUGGCACACCACAUCAUGUUCAGAGAGACUUCAAUACAUCAUCAGUUCUUCAUAAUUCAUGAACAUCAAAACUACUGCAGAAACGACGCGUCCGGACAGGUAAAUUGCGCGCCCGCUUAAGACGACACCUUUCAGGAACCUCCGAACCUCUCUAAGCUGCUGGCCUGAAACGAAGUCUGGCUUGACGGAGGUUGUUAAUAUUUUAUUUGCCUUACCAACACGAUUUUGGCUUCUGUUUAAUGCUUUUGUCUACGUUCCAAUUAUCCAGGUAGAGCUUUUUCACGUGUAGCAACUUCACUUUCAACAAGCUUCAGCUUGUAGCUGAAACACUGCUGCAGCCUGCAGGCACAUACCCAUUUCCCUUUUUUUUCUAUUUCUUUCCUUUUCUUCUCCAGAUUUAAUGUUUGCAGUGAGAAUUUUUAUUGUUUUAAACUUUGAUAAGGUCUAAUUGGGACCCUCAAUUGUAUGAAUUUGAAUAUGUAUCUUACUUUCUUUUAUGUUUCCUGUUGUGAAGAAUGAAAUAAAAGCUAUGAAGAUGGUUUGUAAAGAUUGUUGCUGUAUGGAGAGGCCAUCUAUGGUUAUUUGGUCCUCUUUUUUGUUGUUUCUUUUACUGCAAAUUGAAGGAUCUUUAUCAGCUUCCAAUUUUUUGAUUGGCCUUGGAAGCUAUGACAUAACGGGGCCUGCUGCUGAUGUUAAUAUGAUGGGUUAUGCAAAUAUGGAACAAAUUGCAUCCGGCAUUCAUUUUAGAUUGCGUGCUCGGGCCUUUAUUGUGGCUGAACCUCAAGGGAGCCGUGUAGUAUUUGUGAAUCUUGAUGCCUGUAUGGCCUCACAAAUUGUUACAAUUAAAGUACUUGAGCGAUUAAAAGCAAGGUAUGGCAAGCUUUACACACAGAAGAAUGUCGCCAUCAGUGGUAUACAUACUCAUGCUGGCCCCGGGGGAUAUCUCCAAUAUGUUGUGUAUUUAGUAACUUCUCUUGGAUUUGUAAGACAGUCCUUUGAUGUCAUUGUUAAUGGGAUUGAGAAAAGCAUUAUACAAGCUCAUGAAAAUCUCCGUCCAGGUUCUAUUUUGAUAAAUAAAGGGGAACUCUUGGAUGCUGGUAUAAAUCGUAGUCCGAGUGCUUAUCUGAAUAAUCCAGCAGAUGAACAGAGUAAAUACAAGUAUAAUGUUGAUAAAGAAAUGACACUGAUUAAGUUUGUUGAUGAAGAGUGGGGUCCCAUAGGUAGCUUCAACUGGUUUGCUACCCAUGGAACUUCUAUGAGUCGUACGAACUCAUUGAUUAGUGGAGACAACAAAGGUGCUGCAGCUCGAUUUAUGGAAGAUUGGUUCAAACAGACUGGUUUUAUGACAGAUUUUGAUAACCUGCCUGUCAAUAAAUCUGCAAGUGUUAGAAUCCCUCGAAGAGUUUCAAGCAUCAUCCCUAACCUUCAUGAUAAACGUAAUGAGUUGGUGGAACUUGCAGCUUCAUUCAAAUCUUCUCAGGGACAACCUGCUACAAGAUUUCUUAGUGUUGCAAGACGGGUCAGGAAUGCCUUAAGGCAGGCAGAUAGACCACAGUUUGUAUCGGCAUUCUGUCAAUCAAAUUGUGGUGAUGUCAGCCCAAAUACUCUUGGUGCAUUUUGCAUAGACACUGGACUGCCAUGUGAUUUCAAUCAUAGCACCUGCAAUGGGAAGAAUGAACAGUGCUAUGGCAGGGGUCCAGGGUACACUGUACAUGUCUAUCCUGAUGAAUUUAGGAGUACUGAGAUUAUUGGAAAACGGCAAUUUGAAAAGGCCAUGGACCUUUUUAAUAAAGCAACUGAAAAGUUGAAAGGAAAGGUUGGGUAUCAACAUGCCUAUCUGGAUUUCUCUAACCUUGAGGUUUCAGUACCUAAAGUGGGAGGAGGGAGUGAGCUGGUGAAAACAUGCCCAGCUGCCAUGGGAUUUGCUUUUGCUGCUGGAACAACAGAUGGUCCUGGAGCUUUUGAUUUCAUACAAGGAGAUGAUCAAGGGAAUGCCUUUUGGAGAUUGGUGAGGAACUUGCUGAAAACGCCAAAUCAGGAACAGAUCAAUUGUCAGAAACCUAAGCCUAUUUUGCUUGAUACUGGUGAAAUGAAGCAACCAUAUGACUGGGCACCCUCAAUACUUCCAGUUCAAAUUUUGCGGAUAGGGCAACUUGUCAUUCUCAGUUUACCUGCAGAAUUCACUACCAUGGCUGGCAGGCGCCUUCGAGAUGCUGUUAAGACAGUGCUUUCUUCUGGAGUCCAUAGGCAAUUUGACAACAACAUCCAUAUUGUCAUUGCAGGGCUGACAAAUACUUAUUCCCAAUAUGUUACGACUUUUGAGGAGUAUCAGGUUCAGAGAUAUGAGGGAGCCUCCACCCUAUAUGGUCCAUACACGCUUAAUGCCUACAUACAGGAGUUCAAGAAACUAGCAACAGCUCUUAUUAGUGGCGGAUCUGUUGAACCAGGCCCACAACCACCAGAUCUUCUAGACAAGCAGAUUAGCUUACUAACACCAGUUCUCCUGGAUGCAACCCCUCCUGCUGUGAAUUUCGGGGAUGUUAAAGAUGAUGUCCCUAAUUCCACCUUCAAGCGGGGUGAUGUGGUCUCAGUCACCUUCUGGUCUGCUUGUCCUAGGAAUGACCUCAUGACUGAGGGCACAUUUACAUUGGUUGAACUUCUCCAAGAUCAGAAGACAUGGAUCCCAACAUAUGAUGAUGAUGACUUUUGCUUACGGUUUAAGUGGUCAAGGCCUGCAAAACUAAGUCCUCUGAGCUAUGCAACCAUAGAGUGGAGGAUCCCAGAAUCAGUGAUCUCAGGUGUUUACAGGAUAACACAUUUUGGCGCUUCAAAAUCACUUUUUGGUUCAACUCGCCAUUUUACAGGUUCUUCUAGUGCCUUUGUAGUGGAAUAGCAAAGCGCGAAUGUCAUGUAAGCCAAGCAUAUAACUUGUUCAGUUACUAUUAUAAGAAUACAUAUAUUAGUUUUCUCCUACACAAGCACACAGUAUCAUAUAUUGGCUACAGCUAGGACGGCAUAGUACGGCCAGAGAUGGAAAUGAAAAGAAUUGUUCAGUUAUAUUUAUAUCACCCAGCCACAAUUGUAACACACCAAUUAUUGGGAACAUGCAUCAGUCUUGGUGUUUCUUUGCUGUUACUAUGCAGUUGUCAUGCUUGUGAACCUGGUAGUUUCCCACAUUGGUAUGUAUAUUUUAUAUUUGGCCUUUCCUAAAUU